GAUGUGCGGGGGCAGGUUGGGAGGGAGGGCAGGACGACGAGGAGGGAAAUUGCUAGGCAUGGUUGGUUACCUCGCGUGAUCUGCUUCUGGUUUGGUGUGGGUGUUUCGCUGCGCGGGAAUUGUUGCAGAUCGCAGCUGCUCAGUGCUCAACUCAGGUGCAAGUCCCCGCGUGCGCCUUGGCACGUGAUGUCCCGGUGAGUAGAAUUCCCAGAGGAAAACCUUGCGGUGCUCGGCUCCCAUAGUCCCAUGGUAGCAAACCCAUACUACUGUCUACUCAAAGCGUACAGAUUUGCCGCCUCCAGCCUCCCCAAUGCCAACCCCAUGCCGCUCUCGCCACCCCUCCGCCUCCUCCUCCUCUCCUCCCGCCGCCGGGCCCUCGCUCCGCACCACCGGCGCCUAUCCGCCGCUGCGGCUGCCACCCCGGCUCCCUCAAGCGACCGCGCCGCCCACCUUGCCGCCGCCGUCCACGGCUCAGCCGCGGCCAAGGACUUCCCGCACGCCAUCCGUUUGACGAAAUCCCUCGUCCAGGCGUCCUUCCCCAGCGCGCGCCCUGGCGGCGCCGUCUUCGCGGCGCUCUCCUCCACUUCCAGCUCACCGGCUCCGGCCCUCGGAGUGCUCGUCAUUGCUCUCUCUCAGAUGGGACUCCACGAUGACGCUCUGUCUGUCUUCUGCCGCCUGCCAACGCUGCCGGCAUUGCCGGCCUGCAACGCGAUCCUCGAUGGGCUUGUCAAAGCCCGCAGGUUCGACCGUGUCUGGAAGCUGUUUGAUGAAAUGCUAAGCCGGGGAAUGGUGCCAAGCCUGGUGACGUACAACACCCUCGUCAAUGCAUGCCGGCAUGAGGGUGACAUGACGAAGGCUUGGGAGGUCUGGAACCAAAUGGUGGCGAGACGAAUUGAUCCAAAUGUUGUCACAUACUCAACAAUGAUAUGUGUACUUUGUGAGGAGGGCUGCGUCAUCGAGGCUGAACGGCUGUUCAUUAUGAUGAAGGAAACAGGGGUGCAGCCUAACCUUUACACAUACAAUGCACUGAUGAGCAGCCACUGCAAAAGGGAUGGUGUCAACCGGACACUCACGUUGUAUCAGGAAUUGCUGAAGAGUGGUCUUGUUCCAAAUGCUGUGAUCAUUACGACACUAAUUGGUGGUUUCUUCCUGGCGAAUAGAAUAAGCGACGUGAAAAAUGCUUUCCUUGAAAUGCACAGGUAUGGAAUUGCUCCAACUGUGCCUGUAUACAACAGUUUGAUUGACGGAGCUUUCAGGUCUGGUUAUGCACAAGAAGCACUAACAGUUUAUCAGGAUAUGACUCGCGUAGGGUUGUGCCCAGAUGAGUUCACCUGCAGCAUAAUUGUAAGAGGCCUUUGUUGUGGAGGUCAAGUGCAAGUAGCAACCAGGUUUCUUGAAUUAAUGCAGCAAUCUGGUAUUAACCUCAAUGCUGCUGCGUACAACGCACUAAUUGACGAGCACUGCAAGGAUGGGAAUCUGGCGGAGGCCCUGGCAACAUGCACAAGAAUGAAUGAGGUUGGAAUUGAGCCCAAUGUGGUGACAUACUCCUCCUUGAUAGAUGGGCAUUCGAAGAAACGGAAGAUGGAAAUAGCAAUGGGUAUAUACAUGGAGAUGGUGGCCAAAGGGGUUGAACCUAAUGUGCUGACAUACACGGCAAUGAUUCAUGGCCAUGCCAAGUUUGGUGACUUAGAUGCUGCUUUUAGGUUACAUAAGGAGAUGGCAGAGAAAGGCAUUUCUUCCAAUGCAAUCACCGUGUCAGUUCUUGUUGAUGGUCUGUGCAGAGAGAGUAGGGUCCAAGAUGCAGUCAUGUUCAUAAUGAAGUAUGCAGGACAGAAGAAGCCUGGUGACAUUAAUUCCUUUUGUUCAAAUUAUACUACUGAGGAAGACUGUUCAAUCCUAAACAGUGUGACAUAUAUGACCUUGAUAUACGGUUUAUAUAUAGAUGGCCAAUACCAUGAAGCUGGCAAGUUCUUCUCUUGCAUGAGAGAAUCUGAUAUGGUACCUGAUAGCUUCACUUACUCACUACUGAUUCGAGGACAGUGCAUGCUUGGCUAUGUGUUGAAUGCCAUGAUGCUCUACGCUGAUAUGGUUAAGAUCGGUGUUAAACCCAGAAGAUAUGCCACAGUCUGCCCUGAGAUUUGGUCAAUGGAACUACCAAAUGAUUUCAAGUCUGUUGAAAUGUAAGUGUUAGCUCAUCUAACUAGAUUCAAGACUUCAGAUCAGUUCAACACAAGCCCAGUUCACAGAGUGUGAACCACAGUGGUUUGUCAGCCAUCACAAUGAUUCUGCUACAUCUGGGACAACACUGAAGGCUCAACAUCUGAGAGGUCUUUGCAUACAAGUUUCAAAGAAUGAAUAAUAGAUAAAAUCAACUUGUUUCUCAAGGAAAAUGAAGGCUGGUCCAAUUUGACAUUAAUUGGCAUCAUUUCGGACCAUCGCUCUGUAAAAUGCUGGUUAACAGGAGAUGCAGAAAAUUAUUGUGAUGAACAGAGCUUAAGAGUAGAAGCCGAGCUGUAGUGACAAAACUGCAACCUGCAUGCCAAACCAUUUCAGUGCUGGUUGAUACUGAAACCAAUGUGCAUAUUCUCUGAGGUAGCUAAUGUCGGGGAAGGGAUGUUGAUGCAAGUAUGCAGCGCAUGCUGCACUAGGAGUAUAAUGGAUGAUAUGAUCCAUAUCACCUUAGACAUAAAUAUUGUACAGUUUUGCUUCUGAUAGUUAAAUCUGUUGCCACGUGCGAUAUGUGAA